GGCAAGGCAAGGAGACCAGAGUUGUGGAACGGCAUGUCUUUUGCUUCCUGCAUGGUCAGGAAGAGGCUAGGCUACUGUCUGUACAAUCUGUUAAUGGAAAAACACUUCGCCAGUCUCCUAGAAGAUAGCUUUAACAAGAAUUACACACAGCUGCUUUGUGACACGCUCUUGUUGGAUUUAAUAAAUAUACCUUGAUAAAAGACUACUUUCAGCUAUGGAAUCGACGGUUGAUGACGAAGCGAUGGCAGCAUAAAUGAAGAUCAAGUAAGGAAAGCAGAACGAUGCCCAAGGGUGGGUGUUCUAAAGCACCACAGUUAGAAGAUUUCUCUCUCAGCAACGACAUGGUGGAGAAACAAACUGGGAAAAAGGAUAAAGAUAAAGUUUCUCUAACCAAGACUCCAAAAUUGGACCGGAGUGAUGGAGGGAAAGAAGUAAAAGAAAGAGCUACAAAACGGAAGUUGCCCUUCACUGUUGGAACCAAUGGAGAUCAAAAAGACUCAGAUACAGAAAAGCAGGGUCCUGAGAGGAAGAGGAUUAAAAAGGAGCCCGCCACCAGGAAGCCUGGUUUACUGUUUGGAAUGGGGCUAUCUGGAAUUAGAGCAGGCUAUCCACUCUCAGAGCGCCAGCAGGUCGCCCUUCUUAUGCAGAUGACAGCAGAGGAGUCUGCCAAUAGCCCAGUAGACACAACACCAAAGCAUCCCUCUCAGUCUACAGUUUGUCAGAAGGGAACUCCUAACUCUGCCUCCAAAACCAAAGAUAAAGUAAAUAAGAGAAAUGAGCGUGGAGAAACUCGACUGCAUCGGGCUGCCAUCAGAGGAGAUGCCCGGCGCAUCAAGGAGCUCAUCAAUGAGGGAGCCGAUGUCAACGUGAAAGACUUUGCAGGCUGGACAGCAUUGCACGAGGCAUGUAACCGAGGUUACUAUGAUGUUGCAAAGCAGUUGCUUGCUGCAGGUGCUGAAGUCAAUACAAAGGGGUUGGAUGAUGACACCCCACUGCAUGAUGCAGCCAAUAAUGGUCACUACAAGGUGGUGAAGUUAUUGUUACGAUAUGGAGGGAAUCCUCAUCAGAGUAACAGGAAGGGAGAGACACCUUUGAAAGUAGCCAAUUCUCCAACUAUGGUGAAUCUCCUACUGGGAAAGGGUACCUACACUUCAAGCGAAGAGAGCUCAACAGAGAGUUCAGAAGAAGAAGAUGCCCCGUCAUUUGCACCUUCUAGUUCAGUUGAUGGCAAUAACACGGACUCUGAAUUUGAAAAAGGCCUGAAGCAUAAGGCCAAGAAUCAGGAGCCUCCAAAAACAGUUACCCCUGUGAAGGAUGAGUAUGAAUUUGAUGAGGAUGACGAACAAGACAGAGUUCCUCCAGUUGAUGAUAAGCAUUUACUGAAAAAGGAUUACAGAAAAGAAACUAAAUCCAAUAGUUUUAUAUCUAUUCCCAAAAUGGAAGUUAAAACCUAUACUAAAAAUAACACAAUUGCACCAAAGAAAGCUGCCCAUCGCAUCCUUUCAGACACCUCAGAUGAAGAGGAUGCAAGUGUCACUGUGGGCACCGGAGAGAAGCUCAGACUUUCAGCUCAUUCUGUAUUGCCCAGUAACAAGACCCGAGAGUCCUCUAACAUCAAGCAACAGAAAGAGAAAAACAAAGUUAAAAAGAAGCGGAAGAAAGAGACAAAAGGCAAGGAAGUUCGAUUUGGCAAAAAAAAUGACAAGUUUUGUUCUUCAGAGUCAGAGAGUGAGAAUUUGGAGAGCGAUGAGGAUGACAGAGACUCUGUUGAAAGCUCUAAUUGUCUCAAGGACUCCACUAUCGUGCUAAAGGAGCCCUCCCUCUUCAGCUCACUUUCUGCCUCAUCUACUUCUUCUCAUGCAAGUCUAGGAUCCCAGAAACAGAACUCAAAUCUCGCAGAACAGCACUCCAAGCAUUGGAGAACAGAUAACUGGAAAACCAUUUCUUCUCCAGCUUGGUCGGAUGUCAGUUCUUUAUCAGACUCUACAAGGACAAGACUAACAAGUGAGUCUGAUUAUACAUCUGAAGACUCCAGCUUGGCAUCAUUGAAACCAGUUAGAAAGAAACAGGAACACAAAAAGAAAAACGCCCCACAUAAUACAGUAUCUGAAAAGAAGAACUCAUUCCAUUCCAAUGUGGAUGGAGCAAUUCCAAAACUAGAUAAAGAGGGGAAAGUUGUUAAAAAGCAUAAAACAAAACAUAAACACAAAAACAAAGACAAAGGACAGUGUUCAAACAAUCAAGAUAUUAAAUUGAAAAGUUUUUCUUAUGAUUAUGAGGACUCUAAGCAAAAGUCAGAUAAGGCCUUAAUUGUUGAUAGUGAAAAUCCAAUUGAAAAUAAAUUAAAAGUACUAAAGCAUGAUAGAGAACAUUUCAAGAAAGAAGAGAAAAUAAUCAAAACUAAGUCUGAGGAAAAGGAAUGGUUGUUUAAAGAUGAGAUAAUAAAAGUCUCUAAAGAAGAGAAAUCACUAAAAAGAGUCAAAGAUGGGAGCAAAGAACUCAGUAAGGCUUUCAGAGAGGAGAAAGACCGAUCAAGUAAAACUGAAAAAGAGAAAUCAGUAAAGGAGAAGUCUCCCAAAGAGGAGAAACUCAGAAUUCACAAAGAAGAACGAAAGAAAAAAUCAAAAGACAAGCAGUCAAAGUCAGAGAAGAAAAAUGACAUGAAGGAGGAGAAAAUUUCCAAAUCUGAGAAAGAGAAAACUUUUAAAGAAGAUAAAGAAAAAUUUAAAAAAGAAAAAGUUUAUAGGGAAGAAUCUGGUUUUGAUGAAUUUUGUAACAAAAGUCAGUUUUUAGAGAAUGAAGAUAGCAAAUUCAGCCUUUCUGAUGAUCAGCAAGAGAGGUGGUUUUCUGAUUUAUCUGACUCAUCAUUUGAUUUCAAAGGAGAAGAUAGUUGGGAUUCUCCAGUGACAGACUAUAGGGAGAUAAAAAAUGACUCAGUAGCAAAACUAAUCUUGGAAACAGUGAAAGAAGAAACAAAAGAAAAGAAGAGGGAUAACAAAAAUAAAGAAAAGAGAGAAUAUAAUGAAAAACGUAAUGAAAAAGACUCUUUCUUUAAAAAGAAAGACAGAGACUAUUUGGACAAAACCUCUGAAAAAAAGAAAGACCCCAUGGAGAAACACAAAAGUAUUUCCAGUUACUUGUCAGAGAAGGAGAAAAGGAGAAAAGACUCUGCAGAUGGUAUUAAGGAGCGGAAAGAAAAAGAUGUGGGUGAUAGCUGCAAAGAGAGAAAAGACUCAUUCGAUAGUUCCAAAGACAGAAAAGAUGCCAAGGUUAAACAAGAGGAGACCUACAGAGAUGAUCUUAAAGAAUAUGGUUGUGAAAAUUUUUUUAAGGACAAAUUAGAUUCAGAAUUUGGAAAAAAUCUAGAGACUUGGGAAAGACAUCAUUCAGGGAAAGAAAAGGAUAAAAAAGAUACGAUUGAUAAGGACAAAAAAGAGAAGCAGAAAUCAGAUAAAUAUAAAGAAAAAUCUAAAGAAAUAGACAAAGAAAAAAAUGAAAAAUCUAUCCUUGAAAAAAAUCAGAAAGACAAAGAAUUGGAUAAAUGUUUUAAAGAGAAAAAAGAGACAAAGGAAAAAUACAAGGAUUUGCACAACAAAGACAAAGAAAGGAAGUCUUCCCUUGAUCAAAUUAAAGAAAAGAAAGACAAAAAUUUCUCAGGCACCAUCUCAGAGGACUUUGCUGAAAAAAGAGAUGAAAAAAAGACUAAAGAUAAAAGCUGGUACAUUGCAGAUAUUUUCACAGAUGAAAGUGAGGAUGAAAAAGAAGAGUAUAGUACAGGUGGAUUCAAAAUUGGGGAUACUAUAGGCAAUGAAGUUCCAAGAUCAGAGAAUGUACAAGAAAAAGAUGAGGAUAAAGAACCUUAUACUUCAGAGAAACACCGGAAGUAUUCUUCAGAUAAGCAACACUCUGGAGAAAAGCAGAAAGAUAAAGAAUCCAAGGAGAAGAAAAAGGAAAAGGGAUUAACAGAAGGAGGAAAAGAUAAAAAAGAAAAAAACUUUGAAAAACACAAAGACAAGAAGGAUAAAGAUUCUAUUGAAAAAUAUAAGGAUAGAAAAGAUAGAACUUCCAUUGACUCUAUCCAAGAAAAGAAAAGUAAACAAAAAAUUCCUGAAAAGGUAGAAAGGAAACACUCCACUGAUGACAAGGUUAAAAACAAACAUAAAGAAAAGCUGGAUAAAGAACAUUCCAAAGAGAGGAAGUCUUCAAAGGGGGGUGAUAUGGAGAAAAGCUUGUUGGAGAAGUUGGAAGAAGAAGCCCUCAAUGAAUAUAGAGAUGACUCCAACGAUAAGAUAAGUGAACUCUCAUCUGACAGCUUUACUGACCGAGGGCAAGAUCCUGGCAUGAGCAGUCUCCUUGAAUCAUCAUUCGCAGAGCCUGCUGAGGACAAGUUUAAGGAUUCUAUUUCCUUUCCUUCCCUACAAGACAAAUUGAAAGAAAAGGAGCGACACAGGCAUUCCUCAUCUUCAUCAAAGAAAAGUCAUGAAAGGGAAAAAGCCAAGAAAGAGAAGUCUGAGAAAAAAGAAAAAGGUGAUGAUUUUAAGGACAGUAGAAAAGAAUCGACCCAGUAUGAAAAAGACUUCUCCUUGGAUGGUGAUGCUUUUGGCAUAUCAUAUAACAUGAAAACAGAGGUAGAUGAUGAAUUAGAUAAAACAAUUGAAUUUUUCUCUGAAAAGAAAGACAAAAAUGAUUCUGAGAGGGAACUUUCCAAGAAAUCAGAAAAGGAAAAAGUUUAUGCUUCAAAUUCCAUCAGUACAACUAAAGAAAAGAAGAAAAGAGAUAAACAUCGAGAAAAAUGGAAAGAUGAAAAAGAGAAACACAGAGAAAAACACACAGAUGGAUUUUUUAAGCAUCAUAAGGAUGAACAGAAGUCUGUGAUUAAAGAGAAGGACAGUUCUCAAGUGAAUGCUUUCAAAGAUAAAUCAAAGGAUGAAAGUGUCAAGCUUAGUGAAAGCAGAUUAAAAGAGAAGGAAAAGUCUGACUCAUUGAAGAUUAGUAACGGAAAUGAUAAAAUCCCACCAUCCAAAGACACAGCAAAGAAGGAUACCAGACCCAGAGAAAAACUUUUAGGAGAUGGUGACUUGAUGAUGACAAGUUUUGAGAGAAUGCUAUGCCAAAAAGACCUGGAGAUAGAAGAGCGCCACAAAAGGCACAAAGAACGAAUGAAGCAGAUGGAGAAGAUGAGGCACAGAUCUGGGGAUCCCAAGCUGAAAGAUAAAGUGAAGUCCUCAGAGGAGGCAAGGAAGAGGAGUCUGGAUCUGCCUUCCAAAAAACCGUUGGGACUGGACUCUCAGCUUAAAGAGAAAAAGAUGAAGGAGUUAGGCCCCCUGACGCCUGUUCUGUCCACGGAAAGCAAGCCCCACCCUCCCGUGGGCACGGACUCUAAAGACUGGUUGGCCGGUCCUCACAUGAAAGAAAUCCUACCUGCUUCCCCACGACCGGACCAGAGCCGUCCCACAGGGGUUCCAGCUCCAGCCUCUGUGGUUUCCUGCCCUAGUUAUGAGGAAGUGAUGCAGACUCCUAGAACACCAUCGUGCAGUAACGAAGAUUAUACAGAUUUGAUGUUUGACUGUGCUGAUUCUCAGCAUUCUAUACCUGUCUCCACCAUGUCCAUGAAUGCAUGCUCCCCGUCCUUCUUUGACAGGUACACAAAUACUUCUGGUGGGCUUCCUGAAAACCCCAGUCAAACUCCUACAAGGACUCUUCCCACAAACCUUUACCGUUCGAUCUCAGUUGAUAUCAGGAGAACCCCUGAAGAGGAAUUCACUGUUGGGGAGAAGUUUUUCAGGCAGCAAAGUGUACCUGCUACAUCAAAUUAUGAUUCUCCAGUGCAACAUAUAAUGGAAGAAAAGGUUUCUUUACCAACUGUUCCUGCAGAAAAGUUUCCAUGUUUGUCUCCUGGGUACUACUCUCCAGAUUAUGGUAUUCCUUCACCCAAAGUUGAAACGUUACAUUGUACAUCAGGGGCUAUUGGAAAUGUUGCCCCAUCUCCUGAGAGUGUUUUCUCUGGUUUGCAAGCAAAAUCCUCUCCUUCUCAUAGAGAUGAGCUUUUGGCUCCAUCCAUAGAAGGUGCUCUUCCCCCUGAUUUGGGCAUCCCAUUGGAUGCCACUGAAGACCAACAAGCAACUGCUGCCAUUAUUCCACCAGAGCCCAGCUAUCUGCAACCAAUUGAAGAGGGCCCCUUUAAUGCUGUUAUUUCAGAAGAGGAUAAUACAGAUUGGGCAAACCCUCCCAGAACCUCAGAGGAGCCUAUUCCUCAGAGUUUAAUUGGGACUUCCUCUGAAACCCCUGUAAAUUGGACAGUUGGAUCCGAACUUCUCAUUAAAUCCCCACAGAGAUUUUCAGAGUCUCCCAAACCUUUCUGUUCUUCAGAUUCCAUCCAUCCAGCUCCUGUGCCAUUUAUACCUUCUGAUUCUCCUUACCCAGUUUCUCCUAUUUCAUAUCCCUUGACUGUAUCUGAACCAGGUCUUAAUGAUGUAAAGGAAGUUGCGGAAGAAGCAAUUCAAGGAGAAAUAACAGCAUCAGAGGAACAAACUUCUUACAUGCCCCCUUCUAGACUAGACUCAUUCUUUACCAACUGUAAGCCUCUACCAGAAGAAACACCUGAGAUUGUUCAGGAAUCCACAUGUAUACCAACGGUAACUCAGGUCGAAGCUCUAGGCUCCCUGGAAAACAACUUUUUAGAAAAUAACAUUUCUGUCAUAAAUCAAGAAGAACCAGUGGCAUGGCCUGAUCCUUUUACAAAUGCAGAAGAUGACUUAGAUUUGGGUCCUUUUUCUUUACCUGAACUUCCACUUCAAACUAAAGAUGUCCCUGACACUGAAAUGACUGAAGCAGAACCUAUGGGAGAGAGUACUGUUGUUGCCUCAGAAAGUGCAAAUCCUGUUGACCCAGGAGUCUUCAAUGGGAGCCUUUCUUUAUUAGCUGCAAAUGAACAAGAGGAGCUGCCCCCUAGCCAGGCAGCUACCCUCCUGCCUGUGGCACCAGGGCCUGAACCUGAAGAACCAAAGCCAGAAGCCAUUUCUGUGGAAGCUGCUGUGGAAGCAGGGAACAUGCCAGAGGAGAAGACUGCUGAGCAGUUAGAAUCCCAUUCUUUUCAACCAAUGGUAUCUACUGACCUUCCUCCUCAGACAGGUGACCAAGAGGGGGAAACAAAUCCUGAAGACGCCUUUGUGUCAAACUGUACGUUGGAGACUUGUGCUGAGAAUAAUUUGGCCCAGGCAAAUGUCGAUGGUGCUGGCACACAAGAAGAUGUUGUAGUAAGUACUGUCAUUCAGACAGGGUCUUCCCAGGUGGAACCAACCCAAGGCAAUGUCCAGCCAGAAGCUGUGGAGUCUGUGCCCAAGCCAGUACCUGAAGUUCCCAAACCGCCCAAAGUCGAAGAAAUUCCUCAACGAAUCACCAGGAACCGUGCUCAGAUGCUAGCCAAUCAAAAUAAACAGAACACCUCCCCCUCAGAAAAAGAAUUUCCACCAGUUUCUACUCCUUCCACAAGAGCAAAGGGGCGAGUCACGGAAGAAGAAGAUUCUCAGGCCCAGCACCCUCGAAAACGUCGUUUCCAGCGCUCCAACCAACAGCUGCAGCAACAAAUUAAUACAUCGACCCAGCAGACUAGGGAAAUGAUACAGCAAACAUUGGCAGCCAUUGUCGAUGCUAUAAAACUGGAUGACAUUGAACCCUAUCAUAGCGAUAGGUCAAACCCAUAUUUUGAAUACCUUCAGAUCAGGAAAAAGAUUGAGGAAAAGCGGAAAAUUCUAUGCUACAUCACUCCCCAGGCACCCCAGUGUUAUGCUGAAUAUGUCACUUACACAGGUUCUUACCUGUUGGACGGCAAGCCCCUCAGCAAGCUUCACAUUCCAGUGAUUGCUCCACCUCCAUCUUUGGCAGAACCGCUGAAGGAAUUGUUUAAGCAGCAGGAAACCGUGAGGGGGAAACUCCGUCUCCAGCACAGCAUAGAGAGGGAAAAGCUGAUUGUUUCAUGUGAACAGGAGAUUUUGCGGGUUCACUGUCGAGCAGCUCGGACAAUAGCAAACCAGGCUGUUCCAUUCAGUGCCUGCACAAUGCUGCUCGACUCCGAAGUCUACAACAUGCCCCUGGAAAGUCAGGGGGAUGAAAACAAGUCAGUGAGAGAUCGCUUCAAUGCUCGCCAGUUCAUUUCCUGGUUACAGGAUGUAGACGACAAAUACGACCGGAUGAAGACUUGCCUGUUGAUGCGACAGCAACAUGAAGCAGCAGCUCUCAAUGCGGUGCAGAGGAUGGAGUGGCAGCUGAAGGUCCAGGAGCUGGACCCAGCGGGGCACAAGUCUCUCUGUGUGAAUGAGGUGCCGUCCUUCUAUGUGCCAAUGGUCGAUGUCAACGAUGACUUUGUGCUCUUGCCAGCAUGACAAGACCAGAUCCCAAGACAGUCUUAGAGGAAACUGGCCAUGGCGGGAGCCCUCCUGGACGACUGGCUGAGCUCACGGUCAUCCGAAUGCUUGUUGAUGAACCCCUGGGUGGAAAGGAAGAGCGUCUGUCAGGGGGGUGGGGGAGAGGGAGCGAGAGAACAGUUGCACUUUCUUCACAAUGUAUCCGUCACUUCUGGACUGAUGGCAGGCACCCGGCCGCAGAAGUGGGAAACGCAGCUCUUGUAUAAACCAGGUGCUUGAGCGGAGGGUGGAAAGCUUGCACACUACGCGAGUCUGACUAGACAGCCUGGACGGGCUCCCGGGUGCCCGGCCGCCCUCUGUCGCCCGAGCUGCCGAGCAGGGGCCAGCAUCUUUGUGGAAAUGGCAAUUUUCAGAUCUGUGUUUUCCAUUCAGCUGCAGAUUCAUUUCAGAGAAGUUGCAGAAGAGAAUUCAUUUUUAAGUUUCUUGUUCCAUCCGGAUCUAAUAGAAAAAAAAAAAAUAAAGCAAAAGGCACCCAACCCACCUUUCAUGUACAAAGGUAUGAUGGGGUGGGGCCAACAGACUUCCAAGUCUAAGGAUGCUUUCCAGCUAAAAUCACAGGGCAGCCACUGGUCCCCGUGUUUUCAGACAGCAGGGCUGUGGACGCUUGUGUGGAGCGAGGGCCCCGGUGGUGCCAUCUGACCCCUCUGGAAGUUGGGGGGCAAGUGGUGACCCAGAGCUAGGACUCUGCCAAUUGUGUUUUUAAUGGAGUCAAAUCCAUGUGGUUUAUAUAUUUUUUCCUUUAAUCUUGGGCAUUUUGUUUCUCUUUCUGAGAACAUAACUUGAAAACACUACAGAGCCAAUACUCAUAUAAAAAUGUAUCCCAUAAAUGCUGUACAGUUUUAUAUACAUUAACAAUGUACUUUUGCUGCCUUCUAGAUAAUUUAUUUUGCAACACAUUACUGCACAGUUGUAAAUAACGUAUGUACUGUAACAUCACUUUCAGUUAUGUGUAAAGAAAUAAAUAAAUUAAUUAAAAUUAUCUUUGUAUAUGUAUAGUUCACAUUAGGCAGCACUGUCCCUUUCAAGGAAACAGAAGGGCCAAAAUGGCGUGCAUCAUUCAGUGUUCCGAAGCCUGUCUUCUGACCAAAAGAAAGAUAACUCCACUCGGAAUUUGCAUUCUUCACUUUCUCAAAACAUUAACCCUUUUUUUUCCCCCUCCUUUCUUUCCUGUCCUUUAACUUAGGACAAGUAGCAAAACUACCUACCCACAUGGUCCAGCUGGUAACGUUUCACUGGGGUUGUGCCAGUGCCUUCUCUCUGUAUGAGGCAUGGGGGCGGGAGGGAGGCAGCCAGUGAGAGUGACCUGGUCUGCUUUAGAGAGGCCCCAGAGAGAAGUCUGUCAUCGCUGUUGCUUUAAGAUGAGCUUCUUGCCCUAUGUGACGGGGAUUCAUUCAAAUUCUCCUGUGUAAUGGAGGAGCUAAGCUUCCUUAGACCUUUAGGAAAUGGUCUUUUUCUGAUGGAGAAGGUAUUGUUCUGGUAGAAAUCAUGGAAAGUAAUUUUUCACAGGAGGAAAUCUUAGUGGUUUGUGGAAGAGAUGACCUCCAGUCCAGGUUGGGUGCAAGUUUGGAGCCCUGUGGCAGCCUAGGACAGUCAGUUCCACAGAGACAAACAAGGCCUUAUUUGGAAGAAUCUCAUCGAUUUCACUGAUUGGACUCGAUUCAAGAGCAGUGAGUGCACAGGACGAAGUGGCAUCAGUGACAUUUUUACCUUUUUGUCACGUUUCUACUCUAGGGCCACUACCGUGUUAUGGGAAAUACGGAGAGAGGGAAGGAGGGCACAGCAGGGAGCGCUUGCCAUCCAUGUUGACAAGGAUGGUUGUGUCUGGGACACAGAGAAGCUAGCUGCUAAAUAAUUUAGCCAAUUAACUGUUGGAUGUCACCUUAUUGAGCUCCUGGCAUCUGCCUAGAAGCUAGACACAGAGCAUGAAGGUUUCUAUUCCAGAAGUCUGCUUGGGGUGAAGGGGAAGGGUAGGGAAAUCCAUGUGGACAAAGAAAGGGUCUUCUUUUUGCCUUUGUGUUUCUCUGAAGGCACGUGAGCGAUGACAGCUUACUUACUCUAAAUGGAAUCUUGUUGCUUCCCGUGGUGGUGAGGACCACUAACCAGCGGACUUGAGGCAAUAGAAGCGAAUGAAGGAUUUGGUAGAAAGGGGUCAGAAGUGGAAUCAAGUUUCCUGUGGGGCUCCUGCUUUGUUGGAAGACAGAGCAAGUGCCUUGAGUUUCUCUCUUAGAGAGAAAGUCCUGUUGCAGAGAAAAGGCGACAGGCCCCAAGAAAGGGCAGUGGACUGGAACCUGACUGAGGAGCUAGCUAGGCCCAGCUGUUACAAAGAGGUGGGUAGGUUAUGGUUUGGUUGUCAGGGUUAGAUUGCUGUAAUGGAGGUGCCCAUCCUCAGAGCAGCAGUGGGGUGAGGUGAAAUUCAAAGCAAAGGUGAAGAGUGGAAACAGAUUCCAAGUACUUCUCCCCAACGGUCUGUUGUUUUUGUUUCAAUGAAUCCAGGCACCCCCUCCCUAUUUAUUAUUUAUAAAUCAGCUCCAAUUUAGGAAAUCCCUAAGAAGAAAUGUCUGCUCAACUUCCUCCCUCCACACCCCCCACUCCAAACAAGCUAGUUUUGCAUGACAGUCGAGACAUUGGGCCUCUACAAAUACGCCCAGAAAUGUGUGCAAAGAGACAUUUGGUGCUGUACAAAUGAUGACUUGAAAUUCUUGUUAUGAUGUAUGCUCUUGACUUGUUGAAAAGAAGUCCAACUUGAUCAGCCUUUUAAAGUGUUUUAAAUUGUUUUAUUUGUCUGAUGUCUUCUCUUCCUCUGCUGAUAUCCUUGAAUGCUGAAGAGGAGGAAGUCUGGCUUUGUCCUCAGUCCCUUUCUUUUCCUUGCCACCUCUCUCACCUCCCUCCCACCCACACCUGGGGAUCAACCAUCAGAUUCCCAGGCUUCUAGGACUUACACACUUGUUUGGAAAAGCAAAGAGAGAGAGAGAGGAUGGUCUUAUAUAGCAGAAUAGAGGCCAGCCUAGAUUGAGACCGGCUCUUCCCAAAAGAUGAGUCCAAACCUGUUCACCGUUUUGGAGCAGAUAGCAUCAGCUGCCAGGCAUAAAGGGAUAACAAUGUGGAAUUUGGGUAGGUUAUUUGGGAGAAGAGGAUUUUUUAAAAAUCAGAUAAUUUUUAUAGUCUAUUUGAGGCUGAGGGGUAGAGGUUGGGAUGGGAGAGAUGGGAAGAAGAAUCUAGCAAGUGUAAAGAGGGUUCCUCCCAGCCUUCCUCUGUUCAUUUACCAUGCUUGGCCCUACCAACCCUUUCAACCAACUGGCUGCCUGCUUUCUUGCCUCUCUCCCUACCCCUUCCCCUUCCCCUCCACGCCCUGCUUAGAGAUAAUAGAACUCAUGGCUUUGGAUCUGACAGCUUCUAGAUCUCCAAGCCCUGGGGAAGACAAGGGCAUUGCUUUCAAAGAAUACAGCCAGCCUCCUCUCCAUGGGGAAGAGCCAGGGCAGGAAAUGGAUCCGUCUGCUUUUGCGUACGGUGAGCAGUUUGCUAGGAAUCUUCUCUGACUGCUUCUUCUUCUGAACAUUGAGUUAUCCUGACAGGAAUGUUCUGUUUGUGGGGGCUCUGUGUAGCCCCCUCCCCAAUAGCCCCCAGCCUUGUUCAAGUAGACAGUGCACGGUGAGGAUUCGAUUCUAUAUGCCCUGUAAUGUCACUUUGCUCGUAGUGGAAUGUACCGAUACCCCCCUCACUCCAGUAUUUUUGAGCUUCGUGGAUGUAUUACAACUAUUUCCCUGCCACCAUUACCCCCACCCCUCUUAUUUUUUUAUUUUAAUCUAAAUUAACUAAUUCAGAGGCUGGUUUUCCUCACUGUCAAAGGGCCAGCUCAGAUUUCUUUCCAGGGGCAGAAGAAGUGGGGGGGAAGAAAUGUUCAACGUAUAUUCAGAAGGAAUGAGCUAGAUUAUGUUUUUCUCCCCCCUCCUUCUCUACCCACCCCGUAAAAGGGACAUACCAAAUUAUGGUCAGAUAUCUUUCAAGCCCUACUUUUUUUUUUCUUCUCUUUUGGGUUAAAUAACCAUAAAUUAAUCUGUAUAAGCAUGGAGAGUCCUUUUAAUCAACAAUUUCAAGCAACAAUAGCAAAAGUAACGUAUUACCUUUGACCCAUGUGCUUUGUGGAUCCCCCCUCCCCUGGACAGUGUAAAUCUCCCUCCUUGUAAUGCUUCUGAGACAGUGUAUAUAGAUGUAAAUAGCUUACAGGUCAGUUCACCCCCUCCUCUUUGUACUAGGUCCCGUUUGCGUAGAAUGUGGGGUUCAGACAGCAGCGAGAGUGCAUUGUCUGUAAUGUAACAAUGUAAUUUUUUUUUUACAAUGUAGUUUGUGUACAUAUUGUCUGGCAGUGCUGGUGCUGCCUCGGCCGGCGGCCGCUCUGCCGCCACAGUACUGUCCAUUAGCUGUACAACUUCCUGCAGAAAGAGACAAAGUGAAUACAAAUGUUAUUUUCUACAGUUGCAUGUACAGAGAUGAGCGCCAGAGACAUGCUGUUGUCCCUCAGAGAUAAUGUUCGUAAAUAAAUUUUAAAAAAACAACCA